UUACCUAUUUUCUAAUUGUGUUUCAGACUGUGCAACUCUCAUUUGAAUUUCCAUUUUACGGCCGAUAUAUAAAAAAUGUGACUGUGGCAACUGGUGGAUUUCUCUACACAGGAAAUUACAUCCAUUCCUGGCUAGCGGCCACUCAAUAUAUUGCGCCGCUGAUGGCCAAUUUUGACAAUGGAAUUUCGAACUCGAGCUUAGUCAAAUAUCUCGAUAAUGGUACUGCCUUCACAGUUGAGUGGGAAAAUGUGCAAUUACGGGACAAGCCGAACAAAGAAUUCACUUUCCAAACAACACUGUACAAGAAUGGUGAUAUUGUAUUCGUAUACAAAGCGGUACCAAUGUCGAUUAAGAAUAUCAACAGCGAACAUCAUCCCGUAAAAGUGGGCGUUUCGGACGCCUAUAUUUUGGACCGCACUGUAUUUUAUGUAAGAAGAAAAACCAUUUACGAGUAUCACCGAGUCAUUUUCAAUGAUGAAGAAAUUAAAAACGGAACUGCAAUAUACUUGACCGCUUUGCCCACGUGUUUGAACUAUCUCAACUGUUCGUCUUGUCUGAUUAGUGUUGAAAAUUUAAAUGUAAGUUUUUUCUUCUAAAAUCUCCUACAUUGACUUAAAAUUCGGAUAAAUCGACCUUUGUUUAUUUCCUUAAAGCAUAAAGCGUCGUUGACCUCGUGGACUAGGAAAUGCCGAUCCAAAAAUGGAUAUUUUUACUCAACUGCUCUUUCUUGAUAAAAAAAAUUGCCAUUUUUGAAAAUUUUCCGUUUAUUGGAAUACGCUUGGCUCUUCAGCUUUAUUGAUUAGACUUUACUUCACCUAAAUAUGUAGAUUUUUUAAACACAUUUCUCGCAUUCGCCAUAUUCAGGGUUAUUCACGUUAUACGGCACCGACGUUUGGGGCUAGCCCGUUUGUUUUUUGCAAAGUAUUA